AACUCAUCUUCGGAGGAUAAAAUUGCAUAAUCAACAUCAAAAAAUGUCCUACUACACAUUGGCCGAGGGUUGCCCCUAUGCACGAAAUGAUACCAGUGUCCAGCUUCGAAAUGGCUCCGGCGGUGGCCUGGUCCUUAUGCAAGACACUCAAUUGAUUGAGACGUUGGCUCAUUUCUCUCGUGAGAGAAUUCCCGAGAGAGUAGUACAUGCAAAAGCUGCUGGAGCGUAUGGUGUCUUCGAGUGUACACACGACUGUACCGAUAUUACAUCGGCUAGUUUUCUCAAUACUGUGGGAAAGAAGACUGAGGUUCUCCUUCGCGUGUCUACAGUUGGCCCAGAAGCCGGUUCUGCGGAUACGACUCGUGAUGUUCAUGGCUGGGCCAUGAAACUCUACACGGAUGAGGGCAAUUUGGACUGGGUGUUCAACAAUACACCCGUUUUCUUCAUCAGAGACCCUAUCAAAUUUCCAUCCUUGAACCGGUCUCAUAAAAGACACCCACGAACUCAUCGGCCGGAUGCAAACAUGGUAAGACAAAGGCUAAAAACUUGGGAUCAAAGAGGUGCUGACGAAUUCUUCAGUUCUGGGACGAAUCGCACUCUUUAUACUCACAUACCUCUGUUCAGUUUCCAUGUCGGUAACCCCGAAGGAAUCCACGAACUCAUACACCUAUUCAGUGACCGCGGAACUCCUGCCUCACUUCGUCAUAUAAAUGCUUACAGUGGGCAUACGUACAAGUUCACAAAGGAGGACGGCUCUUUCAAGUACAUCAAGGUCCAUAUCAAAACCCAACUCGGUGCUAAGAACAUGACUGCCGAAGAGUCUAUACGGAUUGCUGGAGAGAACCCAGAUUUCUUGAUGCAAGAUAUGUUCGAUGCAAUUGAAAAGGGCGAUUUUCCAGUUUGGAAUGUCUAUGUCCAGGUCAUGGAUCCAAAGGAGGCCGAGACUUGUAAAGUCAAUAUUUUUGACAUGACCAAGGUUUGGCCUCACAAGGACUUUCCACUCCGUCAGAUUGGAAAAUUGACCUUGAAUCGUAAUCCUCGAAACUAUUUUACCGACAUCGAGCAAGCUGCCUUUUCUCCAUCCACUAUGGUUCCCGGAUGGGCUCCCUCUGCUGAUCCUAUCCUCCAAGCUAGAAUGUUCGCUUACCCAGAUGCCGCACGCUACCGUCUCGGUACAAAUUACCAAAUGCUGCCCACAAACGCAGCUCGAGCGCCCGUCUAUUGCCCCUUCCAAAGAGACGGAUUCAUGAACUUCUCCACGAACUACGGUGACGAUCCCAACUACGUGGGAUCAUCCCUAAAACCGACAGUAUUCGCCAGUAAACCUUCAACAACCACUAUCACAGAGCAUGAAAAGUGGGUGGGAGAGGUCUCUAGUUUUGCCAGCACCAUUCAGCAGGAUGACUUUGUGCAAGCUACAGAAUUGUGGAAGGUUCUGGGCCGUGAGCCGGGUCAUCAAGAUCGAUACAUUCAGAAUGUGUCUAAUAGUGUGAAGAAUGUGAUUAGCAAGGAGCUUCGAGAGAAAGUAUACGACCUCUAUCGACGUGUGGAUCCGGAGUUGGGCGAGCGCCUCAAGAAGGCCACGGAGGCACAAGUCGUCAACAAGAAUUAAGAAGUCUGGUAUAACAGGUAUCAUCUUAGAAUCGUUUGAGCUAUUUAUCUAUCUAUCCUAAUCAAGUCUACUUACUGGCCGAUGGUAUUAUGUCCUCGGUAAAUGCAAAUCAUACCGCUACAACAGC